AUGCGCCGCCGAAUGGAACAAUUACCGCUAUCGAGAAUCUCGGCUUUAGAAGCCGAUGCUGAGUUUGAGCGCAGACCCCAAACCGAGAUGGAGAUUUGGGUCAAACACUCUCUACACACUUGUCGACUAGGCCGAAAAAGAAAGAAGUGGCAAGAAUAUGCUGUCCCCCUCGCCAAGACCGACGACCUCGUCAUGACCGCCAUAGCAUUACUUUAUUCGAGCCAUAUGAACUUGACGGGCACCGAGGGAUUCGCUCAACCAUAUCAGAACCACUUUGCAAAUCUUUUUGCCAUAAGAGAAAAGAAGAAUCUCUCCACAGCCGAUGAAAACCUCCAGACUCUUGUCGCUCUGCUUGUCGUGCUUCUCUCUCGGGUUGCCGGUCCUGAAGAGAUGUUUCUACAGACUGAAAUCAAGUUGCUUGCGAUGAUGAUGCGUCUUGAUCCAAGCCCUAAUGCUUCAAGCGUAGACCACACAGCCAUCAGGCAAUGGAUCUUUGCAGAGGCCGGGCUCAUGAAUGAUGUAAGGGAGAAUUCUCUCGGAGGGGACCGGAGGGAACGGUAA